AUGCCAAAGCCUUUCUACGAGUUGUCCCCUAAUGUUGAUGUUGUCAAAGGUCCUUAUGCCCCUGAUUCUCUAAUCAUCAUUCAAGCAAACAAUAUGGCGUUCUCUGAUGAGAUCUCACAGCAGUUCACGAACUCGAGAAUCGAAGAUUUCAUUGAUUAUGUUAAAAGCUUCCCUAUUCGAUAUGCCUUCUGCAACUUCCAAUGUUCAUUCUACCCUAAACAAGUAUGUGAGUUCUACUAUUCAUGCUCUUCUGAUUCUGAUGAUCAAACAAUUACUAGAACUAUUGUAGAUGUUCAAUAUAGGGUUACUAUUAAUAUGGAAUCUUUUCAAACUGCUCUUCAUCUUCCUCAAUUAGAAAAUUACUUUGAAACUCCCUCGGAAGAAAAAUGCAAGUCCGUUCAUGAAAGGUUAAGGUAUAAUUUUAAUCUUCAGGACGCCUCUCAUGAUUCAUACAAAUACACUAUCUGUCGGUGUUUUGGUGUAGGAUGGAAGUACUUAACAGGGGUUAUUGGCAACUGCCUUGGACACAAGAUUGGGAGCUUGGAUGAACUAAAUUUCUUUGAGCAAAGGAUUUUGUUCUCAGUUGUGUAUAUUAAAAGAUUGGAUUUUGCUCAACUUUUUCUUGAUCCGGUGAUUGAUUGCAUCAUUGGAAACAAGAAGCUAGCUCCCUAUCCCUGUUGGCUUGGAUUAAUCUUGGCACGUGAUGAAGGUUAUUUUGAAAAUCAUGGGAUCUCCAUUCCCAUUCAUGCCUUCUCUUAA